AUGCUCCUCUUCGGUGUGCCUGUGCUCCUUCUGCUGUCGGCAGUCGGUAAAGCUGCGACUGACCUCCCCGCGACUGAGGCGUCGCUUCAUCCAGAGCUGGGUCUCCGUAGCGGUGGAAUACCCGGUCCGUCACUACCCGCUUCUCCGACCUCCUCCCUAGACCGCUUCCAGGUCCAGCCCCAGGAGGAGUAUGCCUCGCCGGGCAUUGCCUUGGCCCGGUCCGCCGAGGGACCGUCCGCGACCACGGAGGACGGCAGCGAGUCGCACCGCCACAGCGGGGGGUUCCAGAUGGUGCAGUGGGAAUGGAGCUACGUCCAGACGCCUUACAUUAUCGCUAUAUGGAUCCUUGUGGCCAGUGUCGCGAAAAUCCGUAAGUGGACAUCUGACCUUAUUCUCUGAAUCUACUGGCAUAUAACCUAGUUACCAAGCAACCAUUUAGUCUGUGUGAUAUCUGCAGUCUAUAAAAGGUACUUUAGCAAAGCCUAUAAAUAGGACUAUUACGCAUGCAGGGUUGCCAUAUAUUCUGGGAUUUAGCCUAUUGACUAUCUUGAACAAUUGAACCAUGUAGUUAAAUGUAACAGGAAUGUCCAGCUAAAGAAAAGAGAAGAACCAGUCCUAUUACAAUCAAAUCAUGGAUAGUUCUAGAUGGUCUGCUAGGUAUAUACCGGCUACUUAUCCUUCACUUCUGCAAGCACCUGCUACAGAGAGGUCAUUCAGUAUGCUACUACUGUAGAUGAUCAAUAAUGACAAUAUGCCUGUCAUUGACUUGGGGGAAACUAUUCUGCUUCAGACCUCUGAGCCAUGCUGUAUAGCUCUUAAGGAACUAUUUAUUUUCAAACAUAACUUCUUUUUAUUUCUGUCAUACUCUUUCUCCUUUGAACUCUUCAUUCUCCUUCACGGCACAGUGUGCUCCCUGCCCCAGAAACCUUCACCCUCCUUCACAGCACAGUGUGCUCCCUGCCCCAGAAACCUUCACCCUCCUUCACGGCACAGUGUGCUCCCUGCCCCAGAAAUCUUCACCCUUCUUCACAGCACAGUGCGCUCCCUGCCCCAGAAACCUUCACCUUCCUUCACGGCACAGUGCGCUCCCAGCCCCAGAAACCUUCACCCUCCUUCACAGCACAGUGCGCUCCCUGCCCCAGAAACCUUACCUUCACCCUCCUUCACAGCACAGUGCGCUCCCUGCCCCAGAAACCUUCACCCUCCUUCACGGCACAGUGUGCUCCCUGCCCCAGAAAUCUUCACCCUCCUUCACAGCACAGUGCGCUCCCUGCCCCAGAAAUCUUCACCCUCCUUCACGGCACAGUGCGCUCCCUGCCCCAGAAACCUUCACCCUCCUUCACGGCACAGUGUGCUCCCUGCCCCAGAAACCUUCACCCUCCUUCACGGCACAGUGUGCUCCCUGCCCCAGAAACCUUCACCCUCCUUCACGGCACAGUGUGCUCCCUGCCCCAGAAACCUUCACCCUCCUUCACGGCACAGUGCGCUCCCUGCCCCAGAAACCUUCACCCUCCUUCACGGCACAGUGUGCUCCCUGCCCCAGAAACCUUCACCCUCCUUCACGGCACAGUGUGCUCCCUGCCCCAGAAACCUUCGCCCUCCUUCACGGCACAGUGCGCUCCCUGCCCCAGAAACCUUCCUCCUCUUUCACGGCACAGUGCAUCACGGCACAGUGUGUCCUUCACGGCACAGUGCGCUCCCUGCCCCAGAAACCUUACCUUCACCCUCCUUCACAGCACAGUGUGCUCCCUGCCCCAGAAACCUUCCUCCUCUUUCACGGCACAGUGCGCUCCCUGCCCCAGAAACCUUACUUUCACCCUUCUUCACGGCACAGUGUGCUCCCAGCCCCAGAAACCUUCAUCCUCCUUCACGGCACAGUGCGCUCCCUGCCCCAGAAACCUUACUUUCACCCUCCUUCACAGCACAGUGCGCUCCCAGCCCCAGAAACCUUCACCCUCCUUCACGGCACAGUGCGCUCCCUGCGCUAGAAACCUUCAUCCUUCUUCACAGCACAGUGCGCUCCCAGCCCCAGAAACCUUCACCCUCCUUCACAGCACAGUACGCUCCCUGCCACAGAAACCUUCACCCUCCUUCACGGCACAGUGCGCUCCCUGUCCCAGAAACCUUCACCCUCCUUCAAGGCACAGUGCGCUCCCUGCCACAGAAACCUUCACCCUCCUUCACGGCACAGUGCGCUCCCUGUCCCAGAAACCUUCACCCUCCUUCAAGGCACAGUGCGCUCCCUGUCCCAGAAACCUUCACCCUCCUUCAAGGCACAGUGCGCUCCCUGUCCCAGAAACGUUCACCCUCCUUCAAGGCACAGUGCGCUCCCUGCCACAGAAACCUUCACCCUCCUUCACGGCACAGUGCGCUCCCUGUCCCAGAAACCUUCACCCUCCUUCACGGCACAGUGCGCUCCCUGUCCCAGAAACCUUCACCCUCCUUCACAGCACAGUGCGCUCCCUGCCACAGAAACCUUCACCCUCCUUCACGGCACAGUGCGCUCCCUGUCCCAGAAACCUUCACCCUCCUUUUGGGCACAGUGCGCUCCCAGCCCCAGAAACCCAGCCACGCUGGCACCUUUCCUAG